AUGAGGAGCAUUAUCAGCAGCCGCUCUCACCUGGCCUCCAUGCCCUACACACAUUGUCGCACACGUAUAAUUGACCUCCGCGACCUUGACAUCCCUGAGCACGCAUCUGAUGAGGAAUACCGCGCCAUCUACCUUAAAUAUGUCCACCGGCCAAGUCACAGCAGAAUCGAAAAUGCGACCUUACUCCGGGAUGCCGUUGAAUCCAUUAAACACGGUAUUGCGCCCCCAGUUGCCUUUCCCACGGAAACGGUAUACGGGCUCGGCGCAGACGCGACCAAUGAACCGGCUGUUUCAGGAAUUUUCGCUGCCAAAGGUCGCCCAAGCGACAACCCUUUGAUUGUACAUGUGUCCAGCAUCAAGCAUUUGGAGCAGCUUACCGGGGAACCGUUGCCGGCAAUCUACGUCCCUGCAGCAGAGAGAUUUUGGCCUGGUCCUCUCACGAUUCUCCUCCCUGUGCCAUCAUCGGGGAUCUUUGCAAGAAACGUGCAUCCCUUCCAGUCGACCAUCGGAUUUCGCAUUCCCUCGUCAAAGUACGCUCGCUUCUUCAUCGCGGCCACCGGCAGACCUAUCGCCGGCCCAAGUGCGAAUUCUUCCGGAAAGCCAAGCCCCACCACGGCACGACAUGUUUUGGACGACUUGAACGGCAAGGUCAACUUCAUCUUAGAUGGAGGAGAUUGUGAGGUGGGAGUGGAAAGCACAGUUGUGGAUGGGUUACAUGAUCCGCCGUUGAUCCUGAGACCGGGAGGUGUGGGCUUGGAGGAGCUGAGGAGCCUUGGAGGAGAAAAAUGGGCGAGAACGGCGAUCGGAUACAAGAGGCAUUCAGGAGGGCCAACGGACGGCCCGGGGAAGGAUGGCUCAAGCGCAACCACGACUCUGUCGACGCCAUCUUCCAUUGACGAGUCUGCUAUUGGGGUCUCGACGUCUUCGGGAAACGCGAGUGUGGCUCAUUUUGACGGCAACGUUACUUACGAAGACGACGUCAACGGAGCACCUCGAGCCCCGGGUAUGAAGUAUAGGCACUAUUCCCCACAGGGACGAUUAGUCCUGUUCUCCGAGGAUGCUGUGUUGAAGGGUCGCGUCCUAGACAAGUUGAAUGAGCUGGUUGGAAAUUGCCAUCAGCGUUCCGGUAUGGGUGGACAGGAGAAGCCUCAUGAAGUCAAGGGUGGCAUCAUUUCCUGCUACUGGCCAUCCUUUGCCGGAUUGCCUGUGGAGGGGAUCCGAUCAACCAUCUCUGCCCCAAACACCAAUGGCAACACGGCCUCUGAACCAUUCGUCCCAGACGCAGUCUCCAACUCUGCCUAUGUGCCGAUCACCUCCAUGGCGACAACCACUGUCAAAAACAACAAUGUCACAUUGUAUAACGUUCAACUCGGGCCGGACAUUUCCACCCUGGCGCACUCCCUCUUCGGCGUCUUGAGACUAUUUGACGAGCUGGGCUGCACAUUCAUCUUUGCCGAGACCGUGCGGCGCACCACGGCCUCCUCCUUCUCCUCCUCCUCGCCACCUUCGACCGCUCCUUCGGAACCGCGCAGCCAGCCCUCCGCCUUGACGAACGGUGCUGAGACGACCGGGAAACGAGAUCCGAGCCACACGCGCCGGGACCUCGAAGACGCGGUGGUUGAUCGGAUCGAGAAGGCUGCGGCUGAAAGAGUGGAUUGA